AUGGCGAAUUCUUUUGAUAUAAGUUCUCUUCCUUCAGAUAUGCUGUUCCAGAUACUCAUGCAGACCACAAAUAUUUUGUUUGCAGAUUUGUGCAGAGCCCGUGUAGCAAUGCGGCAAAUGAAUGAAAUUUCAAGGGAAGUGGGUUUUUACAAAAGCGUGGAUCUCAUCUCUCUGCAUGUCCCAUUCCGUAUCGAUGAGAAUGGGACUGUUGCCUCGUUCUACACACGUUGCCUCGAAUCAGGUAAUCCCAGGGCAUUCUAUCUUAGGGGGAUUUCAUUUUUCUUUCAUGAAAACAAUGUCCACGAAGGCCUUCGGCUUAUCAAAGAUGCGGCUGACCAUGAUUGCUUGAUGGCGAAAUAUGUUUACCAUAUGUUGCGUCUUACUCUUGAUGGGAGAAUCGAGGAUUUCGAGCGUGUUGGUGAUAUCACUAGGAUUCAAAGGGCAUGA